AUGGCGGUGCCGUCGGUGUUCGCCGCCUUCGACAAGGACAGAGACGACAAGGUGUCUGUGUCCGAGCUGUGGUGCUGCACCAAGGCGACGCUGGGCGAGGACGUGCCCGAGGAGGAGGCGGCGGUAGCCCUAGCGGCGGUGGACACGGACGGCGACGGGCUGCUAGACCAAGAAGAGUUCUCGAGGCUGGCCGCCGAUGACCAUGAAGAGGAUGAUGCCGACGUGAAGCAAAGGUGCCUGAGGGAGGCAUUCGGGAUGUACGCGUCGUCGUCCGCUGAGGACACGAUCACGCCGGCGAGCUUGAGGCGGACGCUGAGCAGGCUGGGGUCGCACGAGCUGGGCGUGGAGGAGUGCACGGCAAUGAUUUGCAGAUUCAACCUCGACGGUGAUGGCAAACUCUCAUUCGACGAGUUUCGAGUGAUGAUGAUGGCUUGA